GUUUUCUGUUCUUUGUUCUUGGCAACUCUAUACGAAUCAAUUCAAAUCAGCUGUUCUUUUGUUGACUAAUGUUUAUUCGUGGUCGCCACAGCACAGCUUGGAAAGUAGUAUUUUGUUGAAAGGAAACGCUAACUACAGAAGCAAAAACCAUGACGUUACCCGAGUUCUUUGGUUGUUCCAUGAUUGCCUUUGGCCCACCGUUUGCACUGUUUGUCUUUACGAUUGCCAGAAAACCAAUACGUGUAAUAAUGGUCAUAAUGGCAGCCUUCUUUUGGUUGCUAUCACUGCUGGCAUCGUCGCUUCUGUGGUAUGCGGUCGUACCCUUGAGAGGUGUAUUGGCCUUUGGAGCUGUCUUUUCGGUACUCUUUCAAGAGUAUUUCCGUUAUUUGCUUUAUUUACUGCUGAGAAAAUUCGAGGAAGGUCUGGAGGCUGUGGCCGAUGACAGGACACUGGUUGAUAACAAACAUGUAUUGGCAUAUGUUUCCGGUUUUGGAUUUGGUAUAAUAUCGGCAAUGUUCUCUCUGGUCAAUGUUUUGGCUGACUUGACGGGACCCGGAACAUUGGGUCUGAACGGCGGCUCCGAAAGCUUCUUUACGGUCUCUGCUGCCCAGGCUUUAUCCAUAUGUUUGCUACAUAUUUUCUGGAGUGUAAUAUUCUUUAAUGCCUUCGAUACAACCAAUUACAUUCAUGUGUCCUAUGUUGUUGGUUCGCAUUUAUUUGUCAGUCUCAUUACCCUGUUGAAUGCCCAACAAUUGUAUGCUGCAUCCCUAACAAUCAACUUCAUUGUAACUGUGGUCUCCGGCAUUUUGGCAUUCAGCGUUGCUGGUGGUACUGUACGGUCAUUUAAGCGUUUCAUCUCCUGCCAAUAAUCCGCAAAAGACUUAAUCACUACUCAUCCUAUAUACCCACAUAUACAUUAUAUACUCCAGACUAUGUAGUUUUAGUUGAUAACAAAAGACAAUUGAUAAUUAUAUUUGUAUUUAAUUCCUAGAAUAUAUUUUAUUAAAUCUCACGUACAAAAUAAAAGAAGUGAACAAUUCA